AAUCAGAUAGCAGACUUAUUGGAGCAGCAGAUGUUUCAUCACAGAUCAAAAGGCAUCGAAGGUGACACUCCUUUUAAUUACCUCAUUCCCUCGGUGGCAGCGGAGAGGACACUGGCUUCUAACAUGCCUCGCUUCACAUCCAAGCGUGUUUAGCGUUUAGCGGACAUUUCUUUCUAGAAACAGGUCAAACAACACGUUUUUCAACAAUGAGGCCGCCGGUGGAAGUCUGCGUGUUGAUCCUGUCUCUCUGCGCUCCUGGAAUUUUGUACGCCAUGAACAACAUCCCAGCUCUUCAGGAACCUCUUCCUAUCCUGGGAAUGGAAAUAGUCGUCCUGGGAUUAGUUCUUGCCCUCCUCCCCUUCACUGUGCCAGACAAGAUGAAAGUGGACCCCUUAUUCUACGUGUUUGCAGAGUUUUGCUUCACCUGCACGGUGGGCCUGAUUAAUGCUUUAGAGCAUGAUGGGUUCAUCUCUGGCUUCAUGGGCUUCUACCUGAAGAAGGGUGAGCCUCAUCUAAGUACCGCCUAUGCUGUGAUGAUGUCUUACUGGGAGGGCAUCUUUCACUUGGCCCUCUUCUUCACCAUCAUCCACCGCAUGUUCAAAGGGAAGUCCUAUCGUAGCCUGGGGCUGCUGUGGGCGGGCUCCGCAAUCGCCCAUCAAAUUGUUCACAUCCCAGGAGUGGUUAUUGGUAAAUAUGGAUCAAACAUUCAACCAGCCUUUUGGAGGAACAUCCCCUUCUUUGUGUUGCCUUUCUGGGCGGCCUCAGUGCUCUUUAGCAGACCCAGAGAGAUGCCACUUGUCACUGCAGACAAGAUUUCAAGGGAGCAGAAGAAAAGUCUGCUGUCUCGACCUGUUGACCUGCUUCUGUCUCUUGUGUUACUCGGAGCAAUGGCCUUCUCUGUCUUCAGAGGCUUUGUGGUGUUGGACUGUCCUCUAGACACCUGUUUCACCUACAUUUACCAGUAUGAGCCUUACCUCAAAGACCCAGUUGGCUUUCCCAGGGUUAUGAUGCUGGUGUAUUUGUUCUAUGCUCUGCCCCUGCUCACUGUCUUUAUCUAUGGUCUGAAAACACCUGGUUGCACCUGGAUGCUGGACUGGACCAUCUUCUUCGCUGGGGCCAUGUCCCAGACCCAGUGGUGCCAUAUCGGAGCAUCUCUGCACUCCCGCACUCCCUUCACGUACCGAGUCCCAGCAGACAAAUGGUGGCCUGUUAUCACCCUCAAUGUGCUGCUGGCUGCUGUGCCGGCUCUUCUGGCCCUACGCUGCCGCACCAACCCCGCUUAUUUUAUGAAACCUAUUCCCAAGGGACAGAGCAACAACGAGAAGAAGAAAAACUAGACCACACACCAGCCACAGACUGUCGAGGAAUACUUCACGCUGUGACAAGGCUAAUGUUUUCUGGGGACUCUCUUUGGCGCACAAACUGCAUUAAACACACAAUUUUUCAAGCUUUAACCCAGAGGAAAUCUAAAAACGUUACUCUCUGAGUCAACUGUUCAGAAUCAGUCACCUCGCACAGCAGCAGCUGCAACAGCACUCCCUGCAUGGACUAUUGGACCCUGAUAAGAAGGCUGUUGAUGGAAGUUGAGGACUGUGAUCAGCUUUCAGGUGACUCAUGUAGAUACCCAGUUGGAAUCUUCUAACUGGAUCACAGUUUGGCAACACACAACUGGAAAGCGACAGUCCUCAUUAUUCUUGUUUCUGAGCAGAAAUCCACAUCAUAACUCACAGCUUGAAGUUUAUUUUUACUGAUCUAAAAUCGACAGUUGGUGAAAACGAUCACAGUUUUCAUUGUUCAACUGAAUGUAAGAAGAAGAUACACUGAAUACUGUGAAGGCUGAAGAGUUUCUGUUAGGGGAAAUAAUAGCAGAUGUUAUUUAAGUGGAGAAUUUGAUGAAGGAAAUACACCACAUGGUGCCUUUAUAUUGUGCAAAAUAUUUGAUGAUCCUACAUUAUGUCACCGCUGCCGCAACUACCUACUUACUUUCUGAUUAAUUGUUUGAUUAAUUUAGUCUAGAAAAUAAUGAAAAAUGUCCAUCACAAUUUCCAAAAGCCAAAGGUGACAUAUUCAGAUUGUUUUGUCUGACCCAACAGCUCAAACCCAAAGAUAUUCAGUUUACAAUUAUAUGAAAUGGGGAAAAAAAGCUGCAGAUCCUCUCACUGGAGAAGCUGAAACAGUUCAAAGCAGUCGUGUGUAUCAACUAAUAAAUUAUUCGAUUUCAGCUCUAGUUGUAACCGAAUCUCAGAAGUUUCCAUGUUUCAUAAUCCACUUUAUUUUGUACAAUAAAAACAAACGGAGCACUGAAUUGGGCUUGUUUUUGUAUGGGGUACAGAUUAUUUGAGUAUUAUCUGUGAGUGCCUUAGCUGAUGUCUGUCUGCACUUUAAAAUAAUAAAGUUGUCACUGUCAA